AGAUUUGUUCCGGAUAAAAGAUGUAAAGACCAUUUACCAUAUCUUCGUAGCCAUUCUGAUUGUGUUCAGUCUCAAUACUCUUGUGUAUGAUCUCAUUAAUGAAGGGAGGUUAAAUCUCAGCUUUGACCUGAUCCAGUAUGGGAUGGGGAAAUUCUCAAAAGUGAUGGAGCUCUGGGUCACCAUGACCCUGUCAACCUUUCUGGUGGUCUACCCAGGGUUCUACUACUGGUCAAUGCACAGAACACCAGGCAGAGUGGAUGGGUACGACAUAGCAGCUGGCUGUAUCUAUAUUCUGUAUCAGCUAGUAUUUCUUCUGUGGCCCAUUAAGUACAUCACUGACAAUUCCUUACCUCCGGGUUCCAGCAUCAUAGUCACAGCGGAGCAGAUCCGAUUAAUGAUGAAAGUCCAUGCUUUUGUUAGAGAAAAUGCCGCUAAAGUAUUAGCCUACAAAAAAGAUGAUAAUUCUGAGGAUCAUGUUUGCCCCGAUUUCUCCAAGUAUCUGUAUUUCUUGUUCAUCCCAACCCUUGUCUACAGAGACUCUUAUCCAAGGACACAGAAGAUUCGCUGGAGUUACGUGGUCAGUAAUUUAGGACAGGUGCUUGCCUGUUUGUUCUACACGUACUACAUCUUUGAGAGAUUCCUUGUGCCUGUCUUUCGUAACUUUGGUCGUGAGCACAUUACAGCCAAGGCUCUGAUUUUGUCGGUGUUUGGCUCCAUGUUGCCUGCUACGCUAGUCUUAGUUCUGGGCUUCUUUGCUAUCUUGCAUUCCUGGUUUAAUGCCUUUGCAGAAAUGAUGACUUUUGCAGACAGAAUGUUUUACAAGGAUUGGUGGAACUCCACAUCCUUUGCUAGCUACUACAGGACUUGGAAUAUUGUUGUACAUGACUGGCUGUAUACUUACAUUUACAAGGAUGCAUUCAAGCUUUUCCCCAACAAUCGUUCCCUGGCCAUGGCGUUUGUGUUUCUGAUCUCGGCUGUCGCUCACGAGUACGUGCUGAUCAUGUGCUUUAAGUUCUUCUAUCCUGUUUUGUUCGUCAUGUUCAUGGGAGCUGGGUUUGGGUUCAUCUUCUUUAAGGGAGUGGGUAGGGGCUGGAAUGUGUUUCUGUGGCUGAUGUUGAUAAUGGGGAACGGAACGUUGAUGUGUCUGUACAGUCUGGAGUGGUACGCGCGACAGAGGUGUCCAGAGAAUAUGAAUAACUUUUUGGAUUAUCUUAUUCCUCGAUCAUGGACCUGUGACUUUGAAGCCAUGGAAAACUGAACAGCUUUUCUUCUUUUUCAUAAAUGUGCAAUAUCGUUUAUAUUUUAUGAGGUAUAUACUUCAGAAUA